AUGAGGAGUCGAGCGUCAGGAUUGUUCUUGAGGAUCUGGAGGGCGGCCUCGACCAGGGUCACCGUCUUGCCAGUACCGGGGCUACUCAGCUAUAAAGACGGUACAUACGGGCCGAAUACCACGAAUGGGACGCUGCCUGGCGGCGCGUUGGAUAUGGCCGCAACUACUUCCUUCUGUUCAGGAUUGUCGAUGAGAGUGUGGUCGUCAAAAACGAAGGAGUUGAUAUCCGCUGCAGAAGGGCGAUGCAGGUCCUGAGCAUGACUGCCAGUAGGAAACAGAAUGCGGGACUGGUUGUUGUCGAGCACGACCGCUUGCUGGCGCCGCCGCCAUGGCAUGCGGUUCAGCUGGAACUUGAC